AUGGAAAUGGCAGCGGAGGGCGAGGCAGCGACGGAAGCUGAAGCGGCAAAGGGCGCAGAGGAGGAGCCGACGGAGAAGCAGUGUCGCUACUGCCUCGGUGGAGAAGCUGAGGAUGCAACAUUUGUGGCUCCCUGCCGGUGCCGCGGUGGUCAGCGCUGGGUUCACUUGGAAUGCCUGCGUCGCUGGCAGCGAUCGAUCUUGGUCACGCAGCCCACGCACCCGGCCUUUUACCACGAGGAUCGCCGGAUGUCUCAUUGCUGCGUUUGCACAGAGCGCUUCUCCUGUCCCCUCCCUUCGCGGCACGAGAUGAUGAUGAGCUUCACAGGUGCUGAGCUGGCAGCCCUGGUCCAGGAGCAGUGCCUGAUUUGCUCGUCUGAGUCAUGGUCGGCUGCCUUGCGAUCACGGCUGCACGCGGGGCUUGACCGCCUUGACCGCCGCAGCAUCUCAAACUUGGUUCACUGGUGCCGGGGGGUUUACUUGAUUUACUAUUGCGGGGCCAAGCAGCUGGUUCUCAGCAUUCCGGACGAGGCGAACCGAACGGCAGUCCUGCAGAAUCUGGACAGUUCUGGACAGAUUGAGGUCCAAGGUCGGAAGUAUGAGAUGCUUAGCGAGGGCCCUUUGUCUCACCUUCCGCGAGCACAGCCAGCGGAGCCUAGGUCUGGGGACAGAGGUGACAGAACUGACGAGGCCUCAGAAGCCGAAGCCUCCGAGUGCUUGGGGCGAGCUUCGACGCCUUCGAGGGGAGCUGCUUGGGUUCGAGAGGCAGUCCAGCAGGAAUCCUCGAGUCGAUCCCGUCUCUCACGCCUUUUCGAAGCUUUGAAAGCUAUCCACUUACCCGCGGACGUGACACUGCAAUGCGUCGGCGAUGUCCAGGAUGCCAGCGAUGACAGCAUCCGUGCCGUUAAUUUAAGCAACCGUAUCUCGCCAGAAGACCUUCCCAGCGCAGUGCAGGCAGGAAUGCGGAAAAUCGCACGAGCAGCGAGGCUCCCUGGUGGCAAUUUGCCUCCAUCUGUACAGCUGGAGCAUUACCUCGGCGGUCCCUGUGCACCUAGCCAAUGCCACGUCUUUCUUCCAGUCGGUGGGCCCGAUGGUGUGAUACCCCCUUUACCGUCGGGAUUCAACUUGCUUGGCGAUUUAAACAUUGCCGUCGGUACUGAUCUGGCAGCGGCCUUCCAUGCCUUGAGCGGUGUGCGCGGCUGGUCUACAGAUACGGUGAACAGGCAGGACGACGAGCCUCCCAGAAAGGUGCCCAGGGUUGGCCAGCAAGGAGAGCUGGCGCAAGACCUGGCGCAUGUUGACGAUGCUGGCGAUGGUGGCUGCAUGGGGCAUAUCCCACAUGCAGAGGAUACCGACGCAGAGAACACCCUUGCAGAGGAGGACGAGGAGCAGUCUGACGAUGGCUCCGAUUUCUGGGGAAGAAAUGCUGGCGAACUUGCGGCUACACCUCCACCUGAUGACUCGUCCGAAGAUGAUGAUGACCAAGAUGCAGUGCUGGCUUUCGAUACUGCUGAGACGGUUGCGGGCAUUGCAGCAGAACAUAUUUUGAGACGGGUGUCAGAGCAUGCAGCACAAAACCAGCCAGAGUCAGCACAGCAGGAGUCUGAAGAAUCGGCAGCCGCCAUGAGGCCAUUGAAGGUCUUUUGGGGGGAGGCGCGAUGGCAGCGAACGCAGCUUCUUGGGGAAUUGGCUAGAGGUGACUGGGGCCUGUGCCGAGCAAAAGCAGGAGACUUGCUGCAGAGCGGGUUGUGGCCGCAGCUCAUCCAAGACCAGAGGCCAGUGGUGGCCCCACGGAGCGAAAUGACGCGCAGCCAAACAGCUGACGCCAUGGAGCUGGAGCUUCACCUCCGAAGGGCCCGCCGCGCCCUCGCGGACAAUUGCCGCAUGCAUGAGUGGUUGCCUGGCCACGUCUCUGCCUGCACGCUCUCGCUUCUUCCAGGGCGUGAUGAGGUGGUUCAGCUGGCGUUCAACGGACCUUUAGGUUGGACCUUCAGUCUGAACCUUCGAAGAAGGUGGAGUCGUAACGACACUGGGGCACGCCUUCUUCUUUGUGUUGAGGAGCCGCCUCUGCACAACAGGCUCCGAGAUGUGCAGGGCUUCGAAGGCUUCGCAGUCCAGCAGUUGGCCGAGGGCUCAUGUCUUGUUUGGUGGCUUUGCGCCUUGCCGCUGAUGCCGUGGGCACCCCGGAAGGUGCAGGAGGAGCUGGUUGCACAACGCGUGUCCUCGCUCGCCGGCUUUCGGGAGUGGUGCCAGUUCUGCGCCGCCAGGAGCUCCGGCACGAAGACGCAGCCGGCGCAGCCUGGCAGGCUGCAGCGCAGCUUUAGCGGAAGCCUCGGCUCGACUGGCGGCAUGCUCAAAGACAGCGUGCAGCUCCAGGUGUUUCCGCAAAUGCUGCGUCCCUUUUGCCGGGCUGCAGGUGCGCUGCAAGCCCCGGCAGAGUUGGACCGCAGCGCCCUGUCCGCAGACAUCCUGAAACAGAUGCUUUGGGAAGCGGCUUGGGGGGAGCGUGAGGUACGUCUGUCAUCCAGACCUCACGGGCUGUUGCCGCAGGCGGGUGGCGAUUUUGCACAGCGAUACGCAUCGCGCUGGGCAUUCGCCGCGAGAUUCCUGACAGGUGCAGGAUCCUUGGACCACGCGCGGGAUAGGCUGCUUCUCGUCAUCGCUUUCAUGGUCGCCGGUCUGCACUUGGCCGCAGCCGGAUAUCCCUUCCUGCCAUGGGUGGACCUUGGCUGCUGCUCGGGCAGGCAGUCCGCCGUCCUCCCCGAGGAUUGUGCUGCCUCCCUGGAGGUCGACUGCCGAGCAGCUCCCGGAAUCCGCGUGCCGCAGCGAGCGGCGUUCGAGGUGACCGGGCGAAGCGGCUGCGGGUUUCGAAUUUUUGGUGAAGAUGAGGUUAGCUGUGAACUGCAGCUUCCCGGCAGUUUCUGCUUCACCGAGAAGGGCUCGACAACCGCACCUCGGACUGAGAUGUUUGGUAAGAGACCUUUGCUUUGCUAG